UUCCUAUUUAUCUUAUGACCAGAGACAGUGAAAUACACUACCUGACCAAAAGUAUGUGGACACCUGCUUGUGGAACAUCUCAUUACAAAAUAAUGGGCAUUAAUAUGGAGUUGGUCCCCCCUCCCCCCUUUGCUGCUGUAACAGCCUCCACUCUCCAGGGAAGGCUUUCCACUUUCCAUUGCUGCGGGGACUUGCUUCCAUUCAGCCACGAGAGUUAGUGAGGUGGGCCCAGAUGUUGGGGCGAUUAGCCUUUUAGUCACAGUCGGUGUUCCAAUUCAUCCCAAAGGUGUUCGAUGGGGUUGAGGUCAGGGCUCUGUGCGGGCCAUUCAAAUUCUUCCACACCGAUUACGACUAACCAUUUCUGUAUGGACCUUGAUUUGUACCAGGGGGCAUUGUCAUGCUGAAACAAGAAAGGUCCUUCCCCAAACUGUUGCCACAAAGUUGGAAUCGUCUAGAAUGUCACUGUAUGCUGUAGCAUUAAGGUUUCCCUUCACUGGAACUAAGGGGAUAAGACCAUCCUAAAGCCCUUUAUGUACAGUACACUGAUGUAUCGGUCUCUGCGUCUCUGUCUCAGGGACAUCCCCAUGCCUCUGGUGAGCUCUGGGGUGGAGCAUGGUAACCUCCGAGAGCUGGCCCUGGCCAGAAUGAAAGAUAUGGGUACAGAGUGUCGAGAUGUGAGAACAAGAGAAGUGGGAAUCCAGGAGAUCCAUCACAAAGUGCGUCCCUACCAGGUGGAGCUGAUUCGUAGAGACUACGUGGCCAACGGUGGCUGGGAAACCUUCCUGUCCUACGAGGACCCAGAACAGGACAUUCUGAUUGGUCUGCUGCGUCUGCGGCGUUGUUCCGCCCAAUCAUUUCGCCCUGAGCUCAAAGGGGCGUGUCUAUCGUCCGUGAGCUGCACGUCUGCGGCAGCGUGGUUCCUGUCAGCAGCAGAGACCCCAGCAAGUUCCAACACCAGGUGUGGGAACUAG